AUGAACAGAAGUUUUGUUCCUGACUAUGAAACGGAAAACGAUGAGAAUCAAGUACCCAUUGAUUUGCAGGAUAUGAUGAUUGACAACGACGAGAACAGAAACACAAUGAUGGAUACUGAGAUGGACGAUAUAUACGAUCAUGAGCCAUGUUCCGUCGCCACAGACUAUGAAGGGGUAGAAGAUAUGGAAGAUGAUGUUCCGAGUAAUUGUUUAAAUGAAGUUUGUAUGGUUGAAUAUGCAAAUUCAGAUUCCAUCGAUGACGAGAGGGAGCAUAUUUUCGAUAAGCCACAUGCACAUUUCCCUGAGAAUGAGCAUAAAUAUCAGUCAGAGGGAAGAAUUUUCAUGGAAAUCGAUGCUUUCGAUGAUUUUGUUCGGGGGCCACCAGAAACACAACAAAGAUUAUCGAAGCCUGUAUAUGUUCGAGGACUGCCAUGGCGAAUUUUAGCACUUCCUAGGCUUGAGACUCCUAGAGAUCAAGCAAAAACUGCACGCCCCCAAAAGCAUUUGGGAUAUUUCUUACAAUGCAACGGAGACUCAGAAUCCACUGUGUGGAACUGUGUUGCUACUGCUCAUUUAUCAGUUUGUGUCCUGGGACAAGAUGGUACAGAUUACACAAGACGUAUUUCUCAUACAUUUUAUCCUAAAGAAAACGAUUGGGGAUUUUCGCAGUUUAUUCCUUGCGAUCUUUUAAAUGAAAAAAAUGGGUAUCUCAAGGAUAAUAAAGUCCGAUUGUCUUGCUUGAUUCAAGCGGACGCUCCACAUGGUGUUCAGUGGGAUAGUAAACGACAUUCGGGAUAUGUUGGUCUCAAAAAUCAGGGAGCCACCUGUUAUAUGAAUUCUAUUUUGCAAACAUUUUUUUUCUGUUCGAAGUUUAGAAAAGCUGUAUAUGAAAUGCCAACAUGUAAUGAUAGCGAUGAUAACAGCGUCGCAUUAGCUUUGCAGCGAGUUUUUUAUGAUUUACAACAUUCCGAUAGACCUGUUGGAACAAAGAAAUUGACGAAAUCAUUCGGAUGGGACUCAUUAGAUUCAUUCUUGCAGCAUGAUGCUCAAGAGCUUUGUAGAGUAUUGUUAGAUAACUUGGAGAACAAAAUGAAAGGAACAGCUGUUUCCGAUUUUAUUCCUCAAUUGUUUCGGGGAACCAUGAAGUCUUUCAUUAACUGUCUCAGUGUAAAUUUUGCUAGUGUGCGUGAGGAGCCAUUCUAUGACAUUUCCCUAAACGUGAAGGGAAAAUGCGAUAUUCUUGAGUCUUUCCGUGAGUACGUAGAAAUAGAGCGGUUGGAUGGAGAUAAUAAAUAUGACGCUGGUCCAAUGUAUGGACAUCAACCAGCUGAAAAAGGAGUUGUAUUUAUGCAACUUCCUCCUGUGCUGCAUUUACAUCUUAUGAGGUUCCAGUAUGAUCCUCAAUUAGAUGCCAAUGUGAAAAUAAACGACAGAUUCGAGUUCUAUGAUCGCCUGGACUUGAACGAAUUUGUUGACGACAAGGCGAAAAAAAUCGACAAUGUGUAUCACUUGCAUGCUGUUUUGGUACAUUCCGGAGAUUUCAAUGGUGGACAUUAUGUUGUCUUUAUAAAUACCAAUUUACGUUCUCCAAGAGAGAAAGCUUCUCCUAAGUGGUGUAAAUUUGAUGAUGAUGUUGUUUCUCCUGCAUCAAUCCGCGACGCAAUCAAUUCUAAUUAUGGAGGUGAAGACAUUGAGUCACCCGGACGUAGUUACACAAGCGCGUAUAUGCUUGUUUAUAUCAGAGAAGAUGUCAUUGAUACGACGCUUUUCGAUUUUACUGAUGCUGACAUUCCAAAGCCAAUUAGAAUCCGUUUCGAGAAUGAAAAAUCAGAAGAGAACAAGAGAAAGAAAGAAAAACUGGAAGCCCAUCUGUACAUGGAGAUAAUUGUCAUGCAUGAGAGCACCCUAUUACGACACCACGGAUUUGAUUUAUUGGAUAUUCGAAGUGUUGAAGACGACUUGCAGAGGGAGAAGGUUGAAAAGAAAAUGACUAUUAACGAACUUUACAAGUUUGUUGCUAAAAAGUGGGCACCUCAGUCUAAAAGUUGCGGAUAUUUCCAUGAUGGAUCCUACUCUUUUCCUGUAAUGCCUUUCCGCUUAUGGAGGUUUGAAGAAACCACUUGGAAAGAUGAAGUGAGCCCUGCAGGCUCGCUUCCGAGGUUCAGACCCAGUGUUCAUUUGAAUUAUGGUGCCGAUGGAUUAACCCGUACUCUUGAGCACGCCUUAGACGGAGAACGUAGUCUAUUAUUCAUUGAGGGACCUGAUGAAUUCCUUACUUCGUAUGAUGAUAAUCGAGAUAUGUUGGUGUUUGUAAAAUACUAUGAUGGAAAACUGAAAGAAUUGAUAACAUUAGGACAUCAAAUACUUUGUUACCGGCGGAGAUUGGAAGAAUAUUUCAAUCAUUUCCGAGGCAUGGCCCAUUUGUCCUUGAAAGAACCCAUAAGAGUUUAUGAGGAAAUUUCUCCUGAUCGUGUGAGACAGAUUGACACAGAUAUUCCCACGUGCGUAGAAAACUCGUUUUUGGAGAUAACUGAUGGAGGAGUUCUCAUUUUCGAAAGUAAACUGAAAACCUCCGGCGCAAACAAUGCGAAGCACUAUUUGGAAUCCAUUUACAACACAAUCGAAGUGGAUAUUCAAAUGAGUCCCGACAACUUCUUACCCGGUUCGCGACAAUUAGAAACAAGUAUAUUUUCCACUGUCGCUAUGACAUGGCCCUGCGACAAACUAGCGGCGUUUAUCGCUGACAGUAUUGGCCACAACAAAGACAGAAUCCUUUUGUGGAAACUUUCACCUUAUAACGAAAAACCUCAACAGUUUGUUACUGGAAACCAUCACAAGACUAUGACAGUUAAAGAGUUACUUGGAUUGCAAACUAAUCAAUCGCAUGAUCCGAGAAGAUCUAAGCGAUACAAAUUAGUUUACUCUAAAGUUCGUAUGAAUCCGCUUGAUAUGGACACCAGACGGCAGAUGAAGGUUCAAGUAAUGGACGAGAAGUUCAAUGUUGAAGAAAUGACAGUGUUCCCUGACAAAUCAGGUACUGUAGCUGACAUUUUGGACGAAGUUCAGCACGAGUUUCCGUUUGGCGAAAAUGGAUCUGGUAAAUUGAGACUAGUUUAUGUUGGACACAGUGCCCAUACUCUGCGUGUAUAUAAUAGAUUUGAAGAAAGUACACCCGUUGUUGAAGUUUUGCAAAAAUUAGUAAGUCCCGCGAUGUUUAUGGUUCGUGUGGAAGAAAUUCCAGAGGAUCAAAUGAUUGUACGUCCUAACGAAUAUCUCUUACCUGUUUCGCAUUUUGACAAAGAACCAGCUAGAAUGUUCGGCAUUCCUUUCCUUUUCAAGGUUUUCAAUGAUGAAUUAUUAACCACCGUGCAUGGAAGAUUACAAAAAUACUUAGGCAUUCCGGACAAGGAAUAUGAAAAAUAUAAAUUUGCUUUGAUUAGCAAUGGCAGAGUUAUACGUUAUCUGGACAUGGAGAAGGGUAACCGUGUUAAUUUAGCUGAACUUGGGCAUACACACUUAUUAAAUUCUGGAGCAAUGGCGCCGUUCUUAGGAAUCGAUCAUCCAAAUAAGAAACAUGUACGACCUAUGCAGAAUGCAGAGAAGGCGAUAGUGAUCCACAAUUGA